AUGUCCAAACGAAGUCCAAUAUGGCUUUAUUUUUCGAUACGCGACGAAGAAAAAAAAACUGCCCAAUGUGAUGUGUGUAAAACGAAAAUUGGAUACAAAUACUCUGUUUCAAAUUUAAAAAAACAUUUUUUUAAACAACAUCCCAAUAUAAAAAUUGUCCAAGACAAAUGUAGUGUUGAAAGUGAGACUGUUUUAAAUUCGGGAGAUGAAACCAACAAUGAACAGGGGGCAUCUGAAUCAACAUCAUCGGAUGGGAAUUUCGCAACAGAGGUAAUUGAACCUAUGGCUGGGCCUUCUAAACAGCAAAUUCUUAAAAGAAAACAAGAAACUCUUACAUCGUAUAUCCCAAGAAAAAUUUCUACAACUGCGAAACACAAGAUAGACAAUGAACUGUUAGGACUUUUUAUAUUCGAUUACCAACCGUUUAGUGUAGUUGAAGAUCGCGGAUUUAGAAAUUUUGUUAAUCAUUUAAAUCCAUCAUAUAGCUUACCAACUCGGCAAACUAUUUCAAACACUCUUAUCCCUUUGGAAUAUGAAAAGUGUUACGAAAGGGCAAAAGAAGAAAUUAAAAAGGUUGUUAAUAUUUGCCUAACUACUGACUGUUGGACAUCUGUAAAAAAUGAAGGACAUAUGGCAAUAACCGGUCAUUACAUUGACAAUAAUUUUAAAAUGUCCUCUAUAUUAUUAAGUUGUGAUUUACUAGAAGAAAACCACACUACCCUAAAUUUAGCUUCUAGAUUCAGAGAUGUUUUAAAAGAUUGGCAAUUAGAGAAAAAAGUUAUUUUGGUCGUAUCAGACAAUGCAAGAAAUAUUAAAAGUGCAAUAACUAAUGAGUUAGGUCUGAAAUAUUUUGGUUGUUUCGCCCACACACUUAAUUUAAUCGUACAGGAUUCUCUAAAAUUAGUGACAGACGUUUUGGACAAAGUAAAAAAUAUUGUAGCACAUUUUCGGAGAAGCACCGUUGCUAACACUAAAUUAAAAAACUUUCAGAAGCAAUUUGGUAUUGAUCCUCCAAAAAUGUUAAUACAGGAUGUUAUUACUAGAUGGAAUUCUACAUUCCAUAUGAUUCUAAGAUUUGUAGAACUCCAAGAUCCGCUAAGAUCCGUAACGGGUUUGUUAGAUGCUCGUUUGCCACAUUUGGAUGCUGACGAAUGGACUCUACUAAAAGAACUCUGUGAUGUUUUAAAACAUUUUGACGAAGCUACCAAAAAUAUUAGUGGACAAAAUUAUAUAUCUGCUGCACUUGUGAUUGUUUUACAACGUGGUCUGUUAAAUAUUUGUGAGAGAAUGAAGACCGAGAACAUUCUAAAUUCAACAAAAACUGUGAUACAGAGCUUGGAAGAUGGUUUGCGAAAUCGGCUAGGAAAUGUAGAAUACAGCAAUACCUUAGCUCUUGCAACAUUUUUAGAUCCAAGGUUUAAAAUAUACCCAUUUAAGCAUGACGACGCCGUAGAAAACGUUAAAAAAUUAGUUAUAAGUCUGCUUACAGAAAUUAUAAACAAAAGGAAUAAUGUGGAAAACCUUCAACAUUCAAAUCAACCUCCCCAAAAAAGCUCUGAAAGCUCUUUGAAGGAAUCCAGUUCCAAUACUUUUACACUCUGGGACUGUAUUGAUAAAAAUGUGAUUAAAAACAGACCUAAAUCAUCAUCAGCAUCAAGCCGCGCAAUCAUCGAGAUGCAACGAUAUUUGGAAGAUGAUAUUUUAGAUCGCAACUGUAACCCUCUCGAUUGGUGGAAAAAUAACCACUACAACUAUCCUUACCUUAGUGAAAUUGUUAAGCACAAAUGUUGUACCCUUGGUAGUUCAGUUCCUUGUGAAAGAAUAUUUUCGAAGGCAGAAUAUUUAUUACAAGAGCGCAGAAACCGAAUGUCACAUAAAAAAUUGAGUCAACUUUUAUUUCUAAAUACAUAUAAACUGCAAUUUUCCAAUUAA